ACUGAUAGAACUCAUAAUCAUAUCGAACAAUCCUGAAUCACCGUGUGCAAUUCAGAUUAAGAACAUGCUGCUGAAGUAUUUGAUAAACUCCAAGACACAAGUUCUUAAAUAUGUUCUUGUCGGUGUUGCAUUCUUAGGGCUGCUCGGAUGGAAUGCCGGCCUCCAGAGACGCUUGGCUAGAGGAGGCAAAGAAGAGGGUGAAUCUCGGCCCCGACGUUCUGUAAGUGGAUCGGUUGAUAGGCCUUCCUUUGGUCUUACUGGAGGUGCCAUGUUUGUACGAUGGGGUAGACGUGAUUGUCCGAACGACGAGUCUGAACUUGUGUAUUCAGGUAUUGUUGGGGGAUCGAAUCACCUCGAGACUGGAGGCUCUGCCGAGUACGCCUGCUUGACCAGGGAGCCCCAGUACGCCACGUUCACUGCCGGUUUAGAGGGUUGGGCAAAGAUCAUGGGUGUUGAAUUUCAAGUCUCGGGGACCAACUUUUUUGACAAGUCAAAAGCAGCCGGUGGCAACCUUCAUGAUGCUGACGUGGUUUGUGCUGUGUGUCGGAGCAAGGCAAGGGCAAGUCAGGUGAUGAUUCCGGGCCGUAAAGAAUGUUACCCAGGCUGGGGCAUAGAGUACUGGGGUUACCUGAUGACGGGACACUACGGACAUAAAGCUCAACACAACUGGGCAUGCGUGGACAACACUCCUGAGGGCGACGAAAAGGGAGCACGUAACGACAACGGGGGCCUCAUGUACCACGUGCAGGGAGUAUGUGGAUCACUGCCAUGUCCAAAGUACGUCAAUGGAAGAGAACUCACGUGUGUCGUGUGUACGAAAUAAAAAAUCACGUCUACUUAUGAUGUAUAUACACAUGUACAUGGUGAAGCGGAAAAUCUGUUCCGAUGUCCCGUUAAAAAAAGGGAAACACUUCCUAUCGCAUCCAGACAAGCUAUUUCGGCAAUUCUACCGGCAUGAGUUACCAAAAUUUCAAAUGUUUAAAUGUUUUAAUACAGGUAUCGAUAAAACCCCGGUCCCGCGGUCCGAAGAAAGGCCACACACGCCUUCUCUGGACUGAGUAAAUAUCUUAAACACACGCUAACAUUACAUUUUAAAUUAUUCCCGAUAGUGGGGCUUGGGGUAAAUAUUCAGAAACGGUCCUAUUUCGGUGAAACUAGAGUAUGUUCAGUAUAUACUGCUAGCGCUGCCGCAGGUAUCUGGAAAAAAAUGUGGUCAAACAAAUAAAUCCAUCCAGCAGUGUAAGACCAACAGCUAAGCAAGCUCCGGUAAGCUAUAUAGGCCUACGGAAAACUCCCACUUACUACAUCGUUUUGUACUGGCCUAACAUUUUCCAAUAGUAGCGGGCGGGUGGUUUUAAAAGAACAGCCAAAAUGUCGUGGGCUAAUAUGACUAUUACGUGUAGGGCUACACGUCUUUUUAUAUACGCGCGCAUUACCCUGGAAGAUGUCAUAAUAAUAUUAUACAUUGGUGUUCAUCAAUUUACUUGAGUUUACCAAAGACAGGUUUCAGUCAGCUUUGCUCAGCAGAGAGUAGACAGCACAGAUGAAUAUACUAGGCCUGAUGCGAGUUUUGGUGAUUUACGUUUGGACAAUGUUUGUUCUUGUUUGUGAAACGACCUACUGAGCAUAAUUGGUAACACUAAUGAGAACGGACAAUGUCCAUUGAUAACCCGCCGAGAAGUUUUACGAUUGGUAAGGCCUCGCAAGGGAGCGCAUCGAGCCCGAAGCUAUGCGGAUAGCUUGGCGUGUCAGUCGUUUAGUUGCAGGAAACGUAGAGAUUAAUAUUAAUGACUUGUCAAUCAAGGAAGAGGACGAUGUAGAUGGUUUAGAGUUUUUGUUAGAGCCUGAAGAUGAUGACUGAAUUGACAUGCACAAUGUAGAAAUGCAUUACAAUCAAUCGCGAUUCAAUCGGUGUUGUUCGUUUUGUAAUGUUGAUUCUAACAGAGUCUUUCAAAUAAUAUUUAUUUGAAAGACUCUGAUUCUACCCAAUGCCCAACUAAAAAGAAGUGCAAUAAAGAAAG